UUGAUCGGGUGGACUAUUAGGCGAAUCUUAGUAAAUAAAGUUCUGUGCUUGAGUAGGCAGAUUUUUUUUUGAAGAAUAUAUUUUUAUGUGAACAUAACAACGACAAAAAUCAAAGCGGUUUGUAUUUUCCGUAUGUUUUUUUGGUUCUCUUCAGUUAAGCUUUCAUGGUUUUGAAGUUGCAGCUGCUAAAUAAAACAGCAAACAAGUCGUAUUUGACAAGAUAAUGUAAAAGUCUUGUUAAGGAAGAAGAUGAAUAAUGCCGUGGAGGAUAUUCCACUUGAAAGUAGUAGGUCACGGGUUCGAAUUAGAGGUCAUCUUUGGAACAGUGUUGGCUGAGGCCGGAGAUAGCUGAAAUUGAAUUCUCAGUACAAGGAUUUUCUGGAAAAAUAUAUAUAUAUAUAGCUGGAUAGUAGGAGACAAUUCUUUUCAUAAAGGGUUUGUCUUUGAUGAUUUGGAAAUCAAAUCAUGCUUCAAAAUCCCGUUAUUUCAACUCCGUUUGCCUCAUAUUCUGGAGUGCCUUCUCAGCCGUGCAAUUCUUGCACGUCGGCAGAGCAUAAUUUGGAAAAGUUUGUCCGGUAUUCUGCAAAAGAUCAUCUAAGCAACGGUUGCAAGGCCAAAUUUGAGGAUUCUUUAUCUAUUUCAAGAAUUUAUUGGUAAAAUAGGUUUUCAUUCCAGAGAUUUUCCUCAAGAUCUCUGGUUCAAAUUAAGAAACGUCCCUCGCCAAGGUGUUUGGCGAAAUAAGGCAAAAUUUGAGGAUUCUUUAUCUAUUUGAACAAUUUAUUGGAUAAAUAGGUUUUCACUCCAGCAAUUUUACUCAAGAUCUCCGUCUCAACUAAAUAAACGUCCUGUGUCAAAUCUAGUGGACUUUCUCGCUGUUUCAACAUUUUCGUCAGCGAAGCGGCUUUUUGGAUCCAGAAAUAUUCAGAUUUUUCCUAGCAAUUGCCUUUGAUGAUGAGUGGAGGCAGCAGCCUGUGGGAUCUCAAUUCUACUCCUCCAGCAGAUACUGGAGUGGGAGUUCACUCUAAUGGUUACGGAGACAUAAACAUCAAAUCCGUAAAGCCACAAGAUUCUCAUGGAACAUCUUCAAAUCCAGCUCUUACAAUGAAUAAGAGCUCUGCAACAGAUUUGUCGGAUGAAAUUUGUAUAUACAAUUACGAAAGGUUUAAUUCCUCCCCUCACUUUACUGAAAAUUCAAAAUCCGUUCUUUCCAAAUCUUGUUCUUCCAUCAGCAAGCUUUUAGAUUUCUCAAUUAAUAAACCCCGGUUCGAAUCCUGUAUCACACGCCAAUUUUUUCCGCCCAAAAAUUCCUUGGAUUCCGUUAUUCCUUCUUCUCAGAGCCAGUUUUCUGAAGCAUUUUGGUCAGAUGCAAGGCUGAAGCUGCUGCCGCUGCCACUACAGACAAAGAAGACCAGGCGAGGUCCCAGAUCGAGAAGCUCUGAAUAUCGGGGCGUCACUUUCUAUAGACGCACUGGUCGAUGGGAAUCUCAUAUCUGGGAUUGCGGAAAGCAAGUCUAUCUCGGUGGAUUUGAUACUGCACAUAUAGCUGCCCGGACAUACGAUAGGGCAGCCAUCAAAUUUAGAGGUCCAGAGGCUGAUAUUAAUUUUAAUCUUUCCGACUAUGAGGAAGACCUUAAACAGAUGACUAAUCUGACCAAAGAAGAAUUUGUGAAAAUUCUUCGUCGACAAAGCAAUGGCUUCCCUCGAGGAGGUUCUAGGUACAAAAGUGCCACUCUCCAAAAGCCCGGCCGAUGGGAAGCCAGGAUAGAACAGUUCGUUGAUAAAAGGGCCUAUGAUUGGGCACCCAUCAAACGCAAUGGAAAGGAAGAAGUAACAAACUUUGAUCCUAGCAUUUACUGGAAUGGGUUUAAUUCCGAAACCAAGAAUACGAAUGAUGAACAGAAUCUGAAUCUUAGCCUAAGCCUUCCGUCAACAUUAGUUAGCUGCACUUUGGUAUCAGAAGAUAAUAAGAGGUCCUUACUCCAGAUGAAGUCUAGCCUAAACACUCUUGCAGAACAUGACAGGAAGAAAGCUCGUCAUUCUAAUACAAUGAGUCAAGCUGAUUCUCCAAAUUCAGAGAAGUUCCAAGUCAACUAUGCCUUAACAUAUGGCCCACUGUCCCUUCCUCCCACACGCAUGGAUGAUAAUGUACACCUAACAAUGGAGCAACCAAGCCCAUGGAAAAAGAUAUCCAAUCUUCUUGAUGGAGUGAAAGAGAAACCAGGAGGGGACUCAGAUAAUACUUCCUUGUUCCAAGUAGGACUGGGGCUGGAAAUUGUAUAGUAAUGGCUCAUUCAGUUCACUCCUUGCAGCAUCAUCAGGAUUCUCAAUCCAAGCUCAAUUUGUAAUCCCUCAGACUGAAUACGCAAGUCAAAUGUAAGGCCUCAUCUUUCAUCCACUGAGCCUUCUUAGGCCCAAAAUCUACAUAUUAGAGUUUUACAAUGUACCCAACUCAGGCGAAGAACCUCGAAUUGAGUUCAAAAUUUUAAAUCUUUCAAUCAGACAAUAGGGUACACUGAGCCUAUGAAAACAAAAGUAUUAUUGUACACAAAUAAUUAGAAUCAAUAAGUGGGACUAGAUUUGUGUACAACUGUUUAUAAAAGACAAAUAACUGAUAAGACAAGUUGGGAAAAAAUUUCUAUAGACAGCUUAUAAAACUAGCUGAAAGUGCAAUCCAGCCUGAAGGAGGAUGAUUUAUAUUCGUUCUAAAGAAUAUGUAGAACUACUGAGUUGCCGUUGAAAGACAGAAAAAGGAUAUGUGCUUGGCUGGUAUUUGUUCUUCACCACUCACCAAUUUAUUAUUCAAUUAUUCUAGACAAAGAAUUUGAUUCU